AUGGCACAACUUGCUCCUCCCAGCUACGAAGAGCGCGAGUUCUACUACUACGGGCUUCCUUCUCGCCCCAGGCUCGUCGCUCGCUCAAGCUCAAGCUCAGAACCUUGGGUGAGCCCCCAGAUGCCUGAACCCACCACGUGGAGAGGGUCUACCUCCAACAUGUAUCCCAGAAUGCUUCGACCCGCCAAAGGAGACCCAGCACUGCACCAGCAGUGGAAUAAUGCAGCAUCUUCGCUUCGGAUCCAGAUAAUAGAAGCUGUUAACGCAGUGGAUUGGACUGCUAUUGAUAUUUUGUCGGUUGGUCUGGAGAAAGAAGAGGCCAAAUACCAUAAUACGCUUUUGAUAGCUGUCAAGUCAAAUUCACUGUCUUGGAGCCGCGGUAAUACUCUUGCACUACGAUGCAAAGCAAUCUUGGAAGAGCAUGGCAUCAGGGACAUGCAUUGCGAGAUACGAGAGUCGGAUGUUAUUCUUUUGACAGAUGCAUCCUCGCCACAACCUCCCCCGCCAGCUUGUGGUGCAGAAUCCAUUUAA